CUAUUAUCACCUUAGUUCCUUUUCGAUGAUUUAAUAAUUAGCACAUGAAAUAUUACUAUUAUAAAGUUUAAGAUUCGAAUUUUGAUAAAAUCAAGAUAAAUACUUUCCUUAUAUGUUAGUCAUUAUUCUAAAGAUAAUCCAUGAUUUAUCUACUCAGGGACGCUAUGGACGAGCGUAUUCAUCUUUUUUACCACCAUGGACUAUUAUCAUCCCUUCAGCCGCAAGCCGCUGCGUUCGUCAAACUCGGGCGAUUGCAAUAUCCCCGAUUCCCUUCUCCGUCCCAUCCUCUCCUUCCUUUCCACCCACGACUCCGCUCGCACCUCCGUCCUCGCCCGCCGAUGGUGCAGCCUCUGGCCCCCGGUAGACGUCCCCUCCGUCAACUUGGAUCGUGAUGAUUUGCAGACGGAGUCCUCGUUGAGAGCCAACGACAUGCUCCGUCAAUUCUUGGCCUCCUGCAGAGACUACUCUUCCUCUUCCUCCUCCUCUGUUUCUUCUCUUCGUAUCCUCUUGCACGACUACUUCAACCGCCCUGUCACUCAAGAGAUGUCCGUCUUCGUGUGCUAUUCUCCUCUGCCCACUCCUAUGUUAUUCAUUUUCUACAGUACGCCAUUGUUCUUGCUACUCGAUUUAAAAUUAGACGACGGCCAUGGGCCUCGCUUACGCAUUCCUCCUGAAUUGAUCGAAGUCUCCUAUCUCAAGAGGCUUUUCCUUACGAUCGAUACAUUCUCGGAGGGGUUCAUCACGGGAUUGCUCGCAAAAUCUCCUAACCUGGAAGAGCUAACGUUAGAUGUAGUAGAUCGUUAUGAUGCUGUUAUCGAAAUUACAGUACCGAGUCUUCGCAGGCUAUUCCUUACGAGUACUCUGAGCAAGAUGCAUAUUAAUUGUCCGAAACUCGAAUCUUUAUGCAUAGAAAGGAGGAGUUGUCAUCUUGAAGAGUUCCGUGGCUACAUGCCCUCUCUCUUCUCUCUUCAUCUGGGUGAAUUUCGAUGGUGUCAUACGUUGGCUUCCAUGCUAUGCCAUGUGACAGAGUUGAGCACAUCUCUUCGAAAUCUUCCUUCUAACUCGGUGGAGCUUAAUUCUAUGGCGGAAAGCUUUAAAUUGUUUCAUAAAUUGAAGAAGUUGAAGGUCCAUUUGCAUCUUCUUAACAAGUAUACUACGGAAUUACUCCUUUUGUUGCUUCAACAGACUCCAACUCUCCACUCGCUCAACAUUAUCGACGAUAGAGAGGAUCCAUCCCCUUUCGAAUUUUACAUUUGGAGCGAGUCCUUAAAAAUGAUGCCUAAGGAGAGUUUCCAUAAUCUCAAAGUAGUUUCAGUCAAAAUCAAAUCAAAAAAGGUUCGAUCAAGAAUUUUGGAAAUGUUAUAUGAGAGAGUUUGA